AGGUCAUCUUCCUUCUGGUUUCUCCCUCUGCCAAAACCCUAACUGGGUUCCUCGCCUUUAGUCGAAGAAAAAGAUAGGCGAAUCUCCAGCAGCCUAAGUCAGGAUGGGGAAAACCCGUGGUAUGGGAGCUGGGCGCAAGCUCAAAACACACAGGAGGAGGCAAAAGUGGGCAGAUAAAGCCUACAAGAAAAGCCAUCUUGGUAAUGAGUGGAAGAAGCCUUUUGCUGGAUCUUCUCAUGCCAAGGGAAUUGUCCUCGAGAAAAUUGGCAUUGAGGCAAAACAACCCAACUCUGCUAUCCGAAAGUGUGCCAGAGUGCAGCUUAUAAAGAAUGGAAAGAAAAUUGCAGCAUUUGUUCCCAAUGAUGGUUGCUUGAACUUCAUUGAAGAAAAUGAUGAAGUUUUGAUUGCUGGGUUCGGUCGUAAGGGUCAUGCAGUUGGAGAUAUUCCCGGUGUUAGAUUCAAGGUGGUUAAGGUUUCUGGUGUUUCCCUGCUUGCUCUUUUCAAGGAGAAGAAAGAAAAACCGCGUUCUUAAAUAUUUAGUAGUUAGACAUGAAUUGAGGUAUUAUAACUUAUUUGUUUUAUUAUUUGUGAUUACAGAUGCAUUUAGACUCCUUGUAGUUCAUUACAUUCCAUUAGUAAAUUGGGAUGCAUAUAAUCUUUGAAAUCACUAUUGAUUAUUAAGCUACCUAUUUUAAUUUUCU